UCAACUUGAUUCCAUAGGCCCCUAUACCUAUCUCUCAAUACUACAAUAAGGAUUCUUUCUUCAGACAAAACUUGAUCAUAUUUGUGAAAUCAUGCACAGCAAAAACUGCGGUGUUAACCGGUGUACAUAGAGGACCACACCAGUGAUUUUACACCGGUUUUAAAUUGACAGUGUUAGUUUAGCACCUAUAGGUGUUAUUGCAACACCUUUGGUUGUUACACGUACACUCUUUGGUGUUAUAUUCAAUCUCUAAGGUGUAAUUUUAACACCAGAGGGUGUGGUCCUCUAUUAGCACCCACUGGUGUCAGUUUUAACACCACAGUUUUUACAGUGUGGAAAAUACGAAGAUGAAGUCUAUUCUAACUGACCCGGACUAUUACACCAAGAUGUUCCAGGCCUAUGCAAAGAAGAGCAACAAGUUUUCGCACUUGCUUAAGUGGGCCGAGGAAGUAUUCCCCAAAAUGGUUUUGGAGAAAUUGAGGGAGAGCUUCUCGGCAGAAACACAAAUUAACAUGCUCGGAAUCGGGACCGGAUCGGGGGAGAUGGACCGGAAACUGGCAGCAAGCAUCAAUACCCAUUUCAAGUCUGUCCGAAACGUAGUGGUGGAGCCCGCGAAAAGACAGCUUGAGAUCUACCGCUCUGCCCUAGAGGAGACCAAGUCCGAAUUCAGUGGCAUCGAUUUUGACAUGCGUCAAAUGGUCUUUGGCAAAUAUCGUGAACAAGAGGGCGAUUGCCCGCCCAAAUACCACUUCAUCAGCGCGAUCCAAUCCAUUUACUACAUUGACGACAUUAAUGAUACUCUGCGAUAUCUCUACGGCUGCUUGGAGGAUGGUGGAAUUAUGCUGAUAACCACUCUCUCUGAUAUGGGAGGUUUCAGACAGGUAUGGAGCAGCUUCCCCCAAAUACAGGACGUCGUCGGACCCUAUCCGGGCACCAACGAUAUCCGAAAACACCUCUCAGAUCUCAACAUCCCUUUCGAGGAAAAUCUCCAGAAAUCGCAAGCGGACAUCACCAGCUGUUUCCAAGAGGGGUCAAAGGAAGGACAACUCAUCAUCGACUUUCUCAGUCAUAUCAUUGAUCUCCGUGGGACAGCGUCCUCUGCGCUCUAUCGGGAGGUAGUUGAAAAGCUAGGUUCGGACCAGUGCUCCGAGAGAAAAGAUGACGGGACGGUCCUUCUCAAUAACGACUGGGACGCAUUCGUGGUGUACAAGCAAGCCCAUAUUUAAUCUCGAUGAUGAAAUAAACGUAAAUUGAUUUUCACUCCUUGAAAAUGAGGAAAGUGGAAAUAUUCUUUAGAGGGCAACUUUACCUUGCCAUGCACCCAAUUUAUUUUGAUACAUACCGUGUUUACACGUGCAUCGGCUCGCGGUGCAGACCCGAUAGCCGGUGCAGACUCGCCUUUUUUAUGCGUGUAAACGCGAUUAAAUUGCACCUGCUCGCGGUGCAGACACGGCAAUUUUGCUCCGCCAAAAAUAGUAGGAUCAGAACCGCGAGCGGCAAAUUUUCUCCGUGUAAACACAAAGCCGAUUCUACACCGGCAAUUAGCGCGCAUUUCAUGAUGUAAAUUUUAUCCACUGAUCUGUGUUUUUGUCCCGCGAGCCGAUUCUGAUUGGCGAUCUGGGGCAGCGUAAAAAGCGCGACUCAGGAUAACCCGCGAGCCGAUGCAGCGUUUAAACACGGUAUUAAUCGGGAAAUGAAUGUAUUCAGUUAAGUUCGACGUAAAUCCAUUAACGAGUAACACAGUUUCGAAUUCUUGAGGGGGUGGUGUGGGUUUACGAAGCUAGAUAGAACAUCUGCCCUAUAUUGUAUUCAACUUUCUAAUUUCAUUUCUUAUUGUGUUUUUUAAAUUUAAAACAAACGGCAUCAGGAAGACAAAGAUUUAGCGUUUGAAUACACACUGACACCAAUCAUGCUAAUAGUAAUAAUAAUAAUAAUAUUAACAACAACAGCAACAACAACAACAAUAAUAAUAAUAAUAACAAUAAUAAUGAUAGCAACAAAGAUAAUAAUAAUGAUAAAUGACGAUAAUAAUUAUAAUAACAAUAAUAAAUAAAUAAUAAAAAUAAUAAUAAUAAUGAUAAUAAUAUUAAUUUAUUUCCGUUCAAACAAAAGAUAUAAUCCAAGUACAGUGUAAAUACAUGUUCAAAACAAUACAGACGCAAAACAAUACAUACAGUUCUAUAACAUUUCAUAACAAAUAUUGAAGAUUAAAUUAUCUGAACGGAGGGACUUGCCAAGAAAAGCAGAGCUUGUAAAAAAGGCAAGUCCCUAAACAUAGUUUCAAUACUAAUUAACAUAACCUAUAUACAAGAGACGGGUGGAAAACGAAAUUAAAAUACAUAAUCUACAAAAUACCAAAAUAGAGCAUAUAAGCGACAACAAAAAGUGGAAAGUAUUUGAAUAAUAGGAAUGAUAACGAUAAUAAUGAUAAUUUUUUUUUACUAUAAAUUAUAAGAGUGGAAAAGGGAGGCAAAGGAAAGAGAGAGGAGGAAAGGGUGGUGCAAAUAAAACUGAAAAUGAAAAGAGGAACAUGACAGGUGCACAGGUCAUAGAACACUGUAGUGACAUUAUUUAGAAUAUAUAAUAUUAGACAAUUUUUUUUAUAAUUAAAUGCUAGUUGUAUAUACGUUUAGUUACAAUUAUAUAUUAGCUAGACUUGUUGGUGUGGAGUAUUGACAAAUUAACAUCUUUUUAACUUUGCGCUUGAAAAUAUUGAUGCUUGGUGAUUCUUUAAAGUCAUUGGGCAGUGAAUUCCAAUACACUGGUCCAAAAAAGACGAAAGAGUUUUUUGCUAAAAGAGUACGGGUUGGGGGUAGAUGAUAACAAUUACGUUGUCUCGUUGGGUAAUCAUGUAUGGAGGAGUUUUUACAAAACAUAUUUGAAAAAAUUGUGGGGAGAUCAUUUUUACUUAGUUUAUACAUAAAUUGGGCGAGUUGGAAAAGAUAUAAAUCAUUCACUUUAAGAAUAUUAUUUUGGAAAAAAAGGACAUCUGUGUGUGAUCUGAAAUGAGUUUGAAAAAUUAUUCUAAGGGCCUUCUUCUGCAACAACAGUAUCAUUUGUAAUUGUGUUUGGAUUGCACAACCCCAUGCCAAAAUGCCAUAAUUAAUGUAUGGUAUAUUAAUGUAUGAUAUAAUGUAAGUAAAGUGUGAGAUGGAAGAAAAUAUUUGAGUUUGUUAAUAAUUCCGAUGUUUCUUGAAAUUGUUUUGCAUAUAAUAUCAAUGUGUGGUUUCCAUGAUAGCUUAUUGUCAAUAGUAACACCCAAGAAUCUGGUUUGUGAUACAUUUUCAAGAACGGUGUUAUCAAAAAUGAGAUUGUCAGGUAAUGUAUGUGUUUUACUAAAAAGCAUAUAAUUCGUCUUUUGCAUGUUAAGUGAUAGUUUAUUCGCCUUAAUCUAGUCAGUUACAUGUAUGAGUUCAGAGUUUACAAUUCUUACAAGUUGAUUUGCGAUAUCAUGAGAAAAGAAAAUAUUCGAGUCGCCUGCAAACAGUAUGAAUGUUAGUAAAUUUGAACUUUUUUUAAUGUCAUUGAUGUAAGUAAUAAACAGAAGAGGGCCAAGUAAGCUACCCUGAGGUACUCCGCAUGUGAUAGGAAAAGUAGAAGAAGUAGCGUUGUUAACUGAUACGAAUUGAGACCUAUCUGUUAGGUAACUCCUGGACCACUCCAAUGCCUUCCCCCUAAUACCAUAGAAAGAAAGUUUAUAAAGAAGUAUUUGUGGUUAAUGGUAUCGAAGGCCUUGUCCAGGAAAAUACCAACAGUAUGAAAACCUUUAUCUAUGGAAGUAGUGAUUUUAUCAAUAAAAUACAGAAUUGCAUGUGAAGUGCUAUGAUUUUCGCGAAACCAAAAUUGUGAGUUAGAAAAGAUAUUAUGCUUAUCAAAAAACGUACUUGUACGUGUAUGUAUAAGUUUUUCGAGAAUUCUAGAUAAUGAGGUGAGUAAUGAAAUAGGGCGGUAGUUAGAAACAAGUUGAUUGUUGCCUUUUUUGUAAAGAGGGAUGACUUUGGCUAUUUUCAUGAGAUUAGGUACUUUCCCUGUGUUCAUAGAAAUAUUUAAUAUGUGCACCAAAGGAUCGACGAUAGUUAAAAUAAUUUUCUUGAUUGGGAAGUUAGGAAUGCUAUGGGUUGUCAAGAAAACUGUUAAAUGAUUUAUGUGUUAAUGGGAUUUUGCUUGCCAGAUUGUUGCCAAUAUUGGGAAAAUAUGAAUUAAACUCAUUUGCUAUUAAGUUGUUGUCAUCGGUGAUUGUAUUGUGUGUUUUUAUUUUUGAUAUAGUGGAACUUUUAUUCUUUUUGUUUAACGCACCAUUUAUAAUUUUCCAAGUAUUUCUCAUAUCAUUUUUGUGCAAAUCAAGUUGGGAGGUAUAAUAUUCUUUUUUGGCAAUACGAAGUAAAGAAGUAAGUGUGUUUUUAUAUGAUGUAUAUUUAGAACGGGAUUUGUCGCUUGGUUUGGAUAUGUAUUUAUAGUAUAAUUUGUUCUUUCGGUUGAUUGAUCUCAAAAGUGAUUUAGUAAUCCAAGGGUACGGGAGUGGGACCUUUUUAUAAUUUGAUUUUCUGUUGAUAGUAAAAGGAACGUGAGUAUCUAAAGAAGAUGUUAACUUGGAAAUGAAGAAGUUGUAUGCGUCAUCAACGUCUGUGGAUUCAAAAACACUCGACCAGUCUGUUGUCUUUAAGUCGUUAAUUAGAUUGUUUAUAUUGUCAUCAGUUAUUUUUCUAAAUGGAGUAUUGAAUGUUUCUUUCAUCAUAUAGCUUUAUUUGUAGAUAACCUAGCAAAAAUUGGAAAGUGAUCAGUGAUGUCACUAAUGAUAAUGCCGGCUUUGGGGAUUUGUUGAGUUAUAUUGCUAAAAAUGUUGUCAAUUAAAGUGGCCGAGUUAUUUGUAACUCUUGUCGGUUUAGUGAUAAGCGGUAAAAAAAAAUAGGAAAGAAACAUUUCAAGAAACUCCUGAGAGGUACUGUUAGAAUUGCAAUUUACUAAGUUGAUAUUGAAGUCACCCAUGAAGAAACAAUCUUUAUUUUUCAAAACAGGAUUUAAUAAAAUUUCAUUGAGAGAUUCUAAAAAUGCGUUGGUAUUUGAUUGAGGAGGUCUAUAAAAUACACCCAGUAUUAAGUUUUUGCCUUUGGGGUUUGUGACUUCAACAAACAGGGUUUCUAAAAAGUCGUUUGAUAUGGUUAUAUCAGCUAUAGGAGUAUAAUCGUAUUGUUGUGGCAUGUAAAGAGCGACACCACCUCCAGGUCUUUGCGUUCUAUUAUUAACAAUUAAAUCAAAAUCAGAGAGUGUGAAGAGGGAACAUGGAUUAUCAGAGAACCAUGUUUCAGUUAAACCAAUAAAUGAAGAUUUCGGAAACCGGUUGUUAUCUAUGAAUAAUUUAAGUUUAUCAAAAUUUUUACUGGCACUUCGAAUAUUUAAAUGGAGAAGAUAAAAACUUUCGCUUGUGUUGUCUGAUGUAAUAGAUGAUUUGAAAUGUUGUUCUGUGAAAUAAUGUGAUGUAGAGAGCUGUCCAAAUUGAUCAUUUGCAUCAAAGUUGUAAUUAAGAUUGGUUGUAUUAUUGUCCAUAAAAUCUCGUAUGUGUGUAUCGUAAUUGGAAUUAUGAUUAUCUAAUGUGUGAGUAGCGCCAUGUUGCGCCGAGAGAGACAACAAGUCGCCGUUGUUUAAAGAACUAAAUGGAAACCUAGUAAAAUCAAUCAUUAGCAGAGGAGAGAGGGUUUGUGGUAAACCUCGGUGAAACAAUGCACUAUGCUGUAUACUUGUUCCUGAGUAUGUGUGAAAAAAGAAAGAUAUAAUAAUAAUAA